CGUCCGUGCCUUGGUUCGUCUCGUCUCUCCAGAGCAGUUUCUGCGUGUCUCUCUCGCCAAUCGUCAAUCUCGCUAUCGACAAUCCAGGCUACCCCGUCUUUUUUUUCCCUCUUCCAACCUUUUCGCUAAGCAACAAGACAAAAAAAAGACCCUUUCUGCCUUCAUCCUCUGCACGUCUCACGUCUCACCCAACAGACAAAGCAAACUCUCCCCUCAGACACAAUGGCCGCCAUCGACAAGCAACUCAUUGCCGCCCGGGAUGUUGCCUCCCAGCUCAUGAAGCGAAAGAACUUCGCUGCUAGAGAGCCUGGUGUCAUUGUCGUCUUCUGCAUCGUCUUCAUCGUGGUGUGCUUGGUCUCCUCAUCCACAAGUGGAUCCAGAGGAGAAAAGCUGCCACCAAGUCUCAGAUCUAGACGACAAGUCUGAGGCUAGGGGGAAGAGGGGGUUGGACUUGAAGGUGUCGACGGAGAGGGGACGCAUUAAUGGACCGUGAUUGUUAAAUGGCGAAAUGGUGUUGCGCGCGACAUUUCAGCGUGGUUAUAAAACAGCGACACGUUUGCGCGCGUCAAAAGAAGAAAAAACACAAAAGCAAGCCGCCAAAGUAUAAUAUUUUUUUAUCCACCCGACCACGAGCAACACCAGCCAAGUCGUCAUCUUGUCGUCAAAGUUUGUCAACAACAACUACAGCAUGCGCGAUAUUGGCCAACUAAUGUAUAUACGCAUGCGUUAUCUGCUCGCAACUCAAGCCCGCCAUCGCUCUAUG